GCCAUGGCGCUCUCACUGUUUUCACUAAACCCAUCUACUUUUCCUUCUUCAUCUUCAUCUCAUUCACUCCACUUUCUUCUUCUCCAGCGCCAAACCCACUUCUCAAAAACUUCCAAACCUCUCAAAUUCAGAAUCUCUUCCUCUCAGAGGGUCGUCCAAGUUGCCUCAGAGCAGCAACCGCAACGAGUCAAAUUAGCUCUCGAGACCACGAAGCAGACGAAGAAGAAGAGGAAGCCCAAGCCGAGCUUUUUCGAGCAAAUUCAGGAAAAAUGGUCCGCGAAAAUCGGCUCCACGAGAGAGAAAUUCCCAUGGCAAGAGGAAUCUUCACAGGACGAACAAGAAGGAGAUAACGAAGAAGAAGAGAGAGAAACGGAGAUUGAUGUGAAAGAAUCGGCGAGUGACUCGGUGAGUUUCGGUGGAAAAAAUGGUGUCGUUUCCGCUCCUUGGGCUCAUGGGACAAAACCCUUUAAACCCCAUGUUGUUUCUGAACCUGAAACCCUGGAAAAGAGCGAUAAUGGUGAUUUUCAGAGGGAAUUUGAUGUGGGACGUGAUGAAAUUUCGGAGGAAGAAAGUGAGAUUUCGAAUAAUGUGAUGAAUGGUUUUUCUUUGGAUGAUGUUGAAGAAAGUUCUGAUUAUAAGUCUAAUGACUUGCCGUGGAAGAAGGCGGGGAAAGCGGAAUCAAGGGAAGGCGAAAAAGCGGCGGCGAAGAGGAGGAGCAACACGGCAAUGGCGGAGAAGACGCUGCCUGAGCACGAGCUGAAGAGGCUGAGGAAUGUUUCUCUGAGGAUGCUGGAGAGGAGAAAGGUUGGAGCAAGAGGUAUAACACAGGCAUUGGUGGAUAGCAUUCAUGAGAAGUGGAAGUUGGAUGAAGUAGUCAAGUUGAAGUUUGAAGAGCCUCUUUCACUUAACAUGAGAAGGACCCAUGAGAUUUUAGAGAGUAAAACUGGAGGUUUAGUUAUAUGGAGAUCAGGCAGUUCAGUGGUCUUAUACAGGGGAAUGACAUACAAUCUUCUUUGCGUACAAUCAUAUACCAAGGAAAAUCAAUCUGAUUCCAUGAAGUUGCCAGCCUUAGAAGAUGGCAAAAGUGAUAUUGUGCAUGAUAAACAAGUGAAGGUUUCAAUAAGAACUAUGGAGUCAUCUACUCCCAUUUCUGUAAAGAAAGUGAAGGGUCUAUCUGAAGGAGAAACCAUGCAGUUGAAUGAUCUAAACCAGUUAUUAGAUGAGCUAGGUCCACGUUUUACCGAUUGGUUAGGGCGUGAGCCAUUACCUGUUGAUGCUGACUUGCUGCCCCCAGUGGUUCCUGACUAUAGAACUCCAUUCAGAAUUUUACCUUAUGGGGUAAAACGCUGUGUCGGAAACAAGGAGAUGACAAAACUUCGUCGAACUGCUAGAAUGAUACCUCCACAUUUUGCUCUAGGGAGGAACCGAGAAUUGCAAGGUCUGGCCAAGGCUAUGGUGAGGCUGUGGGAAAAGAGUGCCAUUGCAAAGAUAGCCAUUAAACGUGGAGUACAGAACACAUGUAAUGAGAGGAUGGCAGAGGAACUCAAGAGGUUAACUGGGGGGACACUGCUUUCUAGAAACAAGGAUUUUAUCAUCUUUUACAGGGGUAACGACUUCAUGCCACCUGUUGUGGUGGGGUCUUUAAAAGAGAGGAGAAAAUUAAGAGACCUCCAACAAGACGAGGAAGAAAAAGUUAGACAGAUGGCCCCAGCUUUCAUUCAGUCAAAAAGCCAAGCUUGUAUUAAUCAGUUGGUUGCUGGAACUCUUGCCGAAACCAUGGCGGCAACUGCUCGCUGGGGAAACCAACAAAGCCCUGUAGAUGUUGAGAUGAUGAUGAAAGAUUCAACUUUGGCAAGGCAUGCAUCCAUAAUCAGACAUCUGGAGAGAAAACUAGCUCUUGCAAAAGGAAACCUCACAAAGGCUGAGAAAGCUCUAGCAAAGGUGCAGGAAAACAUGGAUCCAUCAGAUCUCCCAAAUGACUUGGAAACCAUAACUGAUGAGGAGAGAUUUUUGUUUCGUAAGAUUGGUCUGAGCAUGGAACCGUUCUUGCUUCUGGGAAGACGAGGACUUUACAGUGGUACCAUAGAGAACAUGCACUUGCACUGGAAAUAUAGAGAGUUGGUAAAAAUCAUUGUGAGAGGAAAGAGUUUCGAGCAUGUAAAGCAAAUUGCAAUUUCUUUGGAAGCGGAGAGUGGCGGGGUGCUAGUAUCUAUAGACAAAACUAUCAAAGGCUACGCAAUUCUUGUCUAUCGUGGGAAGAACUACCAAAGCCCACUUAAAAUAAGACCUCAAAAUUUAUUGACAAGAAGGCAGGCAUUGGCUCGGUCAGUUGAACUGCAGAGGCGUGAGGCAUUGCAGCAUCAUAUCGCAGAAUUACAGGAGAGAAUUGGGUUGCUAAAGUCUGAACUGGACGAAUCGAGAAAUGGGAAGAUUGUUGAUAAUGAAGGGACGCCACACUUAACAAUGGAGGCUUCCUCAUCCAAUGAUGAGGCGGCAGAGGGUGACAGUGAAGAGGAAUAUCCUCAGAUAUAUGACAGUGAAGAUGGGGUCAAUGAACAUGAGGACCUUAAACAAGUUCAGUAAUUUUCGCCACCCGGUGAAACAUUGCAAAUAGGCUUUGCAAAAAGCUAUGGCUCUUUGCUGCCACGCCAAUGUGAAGGCUUCAGCAUAAAAGUGAGCGCUGAUGAACGGAACUCUUGAAUGAGAGUCAAUGAUGGAAAUCAUUAAUCCACAGUUAACUGACUCCAACUAUGCCAUGAACGCUUGGACUAGCCGGAAUCCCAAGGGACGAUGUUUUUAUUGAGCAUUGUCCAUGUUAGUUUUCGCGUUAUGUAAAUUGGAGAAUGUAGAACAGUUGUAAAUUAAUUGCUGUUCUCUGUAAGUGAUGAGUAUAAAAACAAAUUUCAGUAACAUACGGUGUUUAUUGUUAACAA